AUGAUUCUUGAGUAUUUAAUUGAGUUUCAUUUGCAAGACUGUAUUAAUAUUUUAUCCGAACUUGAUAACUUAGGAUACUUCAAUAUAAAAAUAGAUUUUAUUAAACUAUUUGAAACAUAUCCAGAUGUGGGUGAUAAAGUUCUCUGUAACCCUGUAAAAUAUUUACAAGCAUGUAAUAAGGAUAUAAUUAAAGCUCAACAAAUUAUUUUAGAAAAAGAAGAAUAUAAAUCUGUAUUAUCUAAACUUACAUAUUCUUCACUAAAAAGGAAUGUACACGCAAGAUUUUUUGGAUUACCAGUAUGCCCUGAGUUGCAUCGGACUGUAUUUCCAAAAAAUGUGGAUAUGGGCUGUUUUUUAAAAGUAUCAGGUACAGUUGUCAGGGUCACACAAACAAAAAUGUUGGAAUAUCAAAGGAAGUAUGUUUGUAUGAAAUGUAAAUAUGAGAACUGUGUUGAAGCUGACUUUGAAAAUCGUUAUAUUUUAAAGGCGCCUUCUAAGUGUGGUAAUAUGGAGAUAAGAUGUAGAUGUUCAACAUUCACACAAAUUAAUUUGGUUUCUAGAGAACACUGUCGAGACUACCAAGAGAUAAAGAUACAAGAACAAGUCAAUAAGCUUAGUAUUGGCACAAUUCCGGGUUCUAUGUGGGUUGUACUUGAAGAUGAUCUUGUCGACUGUUGCAAGCCUGGAGAUGAUGUUGUUAUUUGUGGGACAGUCCGUCGGCGAUGGCGUCCUUCAGUGCAAAACAAACGAUCGGAAGUAGAGUUGGUUAUGCAGGCUAACUAUGUUGAAGUUAGCAAUGCCCAGAGGUCUGAAGUGAUAGCAACGGCUCCUGACGUUAAGGAUUGUUUUAAUGAGUAUUGGAGCAAAUUUGAAGCAUGCCCAUUGAAGGGCAGAGAUCAGAUUCUUUCUUCUGUAUGUCCACAGGUAUAUGGUUUGCAUUUAGUAAAACUGGCUGUAAUGCUGACAGUAAUCACUGGAUCAAACCACGAAUUAGAAGAUGAAUGCAACAAAUCAACACAUGAUGAGAAAUAUUCGAUGCAUGUGAGAGGCCAGUGUCAUUUACUUUUAGUUGGGGACCCCGGUACUGGCAAGUCACAGCUGCUCCGAGCAAGUGCAGAGUUAACACCUCGUUCCGUGUUCACAUCUGGUGCUGGAAGUACAAGGGCGGGCUUAACUUGCGCAGCGCUUAAGGAAGAUGGCGAGUGGCAAUUGGAAGCAGGCGCCUUAGUUCUAUCAGAUGGCGGAGUUUGUUGUAUCGAUGAGAUCUCACAUCUGAGAGAGCAUGAUCGCACUGCUAUUCACGAAGCUAUGGAGCAGCAAACCAUCUCUAUAGCUAAGGCUGGCAUAGUGUGUAAAUUGAACACGCGUUGUGCUGUGAUAGCAGCGUGCAAUCCUAAAGGACAUUAUCAAACCGAUGAACCGCUUAGUUCGAAUGUGUCUUUGGGGACACCUUUAUUGAGCAGAUUUGACUUGAUAUUCAUUCUACUUGAUUCAAAAAAUAGUUCAUGGGAUAAUUUAGUGUCAUCAUACAUAUUGUUUGGAGGAUCCAAAGCAAUUGAAUCUAAAACAAGAUGGAGUAUUGAAAAGUUACAGAUGUACAUAAGCUUAGUUGGACCAAGACGUACGGAAAUGUCAAAAUCGGCUAAUGCUAUAAUUCAGUCCUAUUAUAUGAUGCAGAGAAAGUCUAAUAAUAGAGAUCCUUCCCGCACAACAGUAAGAAUGUUAGACAGCCUUGUUAGAUUAUCACAAGCGCAUUGUCGCCUCAUGUUUCGCACAACUAUAUUACCAGUUGAUGCGAUAAUGGCAGUAUCUUUGAUGGAUUUAUCAAUGCAAGACUGCACUUUGGACGACACAAUGGACGCAUUGCAUUCGGCAUUUCAAAAGUAUCCAGAUUUUGAAUACCUGCGCACAGCAAAUAAAGUCUUGAAACGCUUAAAUCUUCACCAUAUAUGGAAGGAAGAGUUGCUCUACUAUGCGAAGUUAUUAAGAGUUGAUUAUAAAACUUUAGAAAGUGAAGUAGAAAAAGGAAAUCCUCAGUUAUUUUCAAAAUAUGAUGAUGUGAUGGAUGAUAAUAUGCCACUUUCGGCGUCGCUUGUGACAAGUUCAUAUUUUAAUAGAAAUGAAAACAAACCAGUGAACCCUGAUACUAAAUUAUUAAAUAAAGAGAAUAUAAAUUCUGAUGGUGACAAAGAUCAAAGAUGUAUAGUAAAAGACAGAUUGGCUGCUACACUUAAAAAACAUGCAGGUCUUAAUAAAUGUGAAAGCAAAUUGCCAAUUGUACAAAAAAAAGUUACCCAAAAGAGAAAAAGGAGAGAAGUAACUGUAAACACUAACUCAGUUAAAAAGAAGAUAUUAAAGAAAUCCAAUAAUCGUGGUAAGAUUAAUAUUGAUCAUUCAUCUGAAAGUGAUGGAGAUUUUAAUGAUACUACUAGUAUGUUAAAAGCUGUUCCAAGUGUUAAUGAUGUGUUCAAAGAUUUAGAAAUUGAUUUAAAAAUGGACAACUCAAUUCAUGAGAAUGUGGAAAAUGGUAAGGAUGACUCAAAUGAUAAAAUUAAAACAGAAGAUGUAAUUAGCGCAAAAGUAGACUCAUGUAACUCGCAUAAAUUAGGUGACGAAAUCCAACCAAUUUCAAAAACAUUGAAUUUUUUGAAACAGUUUGAAUUUGUUAAAAAACAUGAAUCAAAUAAACCACAUGUGGAAAAUGAUACAAAUAAUUCUAAUGUCAUUAUUAAAAGCCCCAAUGUUAAAAAGGAAUCAAACAAAAGUAUUUCUAAUGAAAUUUUUGAAAAACCAUCAUCUGGUUCUAGCUCACAAAUAUCUAUUUUUGAGAGCACAGACUGUGAUAUAGAUUUAGAUAUAUAA